CUCGGCCUUCAUAAAUUCUUAAAGACUUCUCCCCUUUUCUUUCUACCCCCUCUUCACUAUCGGUAUUAGAUCUGAUCGUUUCUCUUCUCUCCCGUCAUCACGCAAGGACUGGCCCCGUUUGGUUCAAGCCCUUGAAUAGUAUAUCACACAAGCAAGAAUAAACUAGAAAUUCUAAGAGUUCCUAAAAGUCAGAAAAAGAGAAGAAGGCCAUUCUCAAUCGUUAGGGAUUCGCGAUCAUGGCGCCAUCGGAAGCGUCCAUUCUAAGCAAUUUCCUUCUAUCCCCGGCAUCUUUGCCCACGGUGAUAUCUUUGCAACAGUUCACGGAGCUCUUUCCAAAACGCUUGCGCUCUCAUCCACAUAUCAGAGUUCUCUAUCGUGAGCUGCAGCAUAUGCGAGAGCAAGACAUGGAUCUAGUCAAUGGAAACAUUGACCAAGAACUCCACCACGGGGAGAACCAAAAAGCAGAACUGCGCAAAUCUAUCUUGAAAACCGGCGUGGAUGGGAUGAGCGCCGAUGACCAACGUGAAAUGGAUAUGGAUGUCGAGCUAUUUGGCCAGACAUCUACCGCUUCACCCCGGGAUUAUCAUUCAGUCCAGAGUCUCCUUUCCGCAAUGGAGGCGGCUUGUGCUAAUAUUGAACAUGAGAUUUCCGGCGUUGAUAAAGACGCAACCGCUCUUCUGUCUGGACUCAAUUCCACAGUCGGUGAAUUGAGUGAUCUGCGCUACGGUAAAAUGCAAGGUCCUACUGGGACUACAGGCGAAGACAUGGUACACGAGACUAUAGAAGGCCUAAAACAUCUUGAGGACGCCUGUUAUCAUAAGUCAUCAUCAUGAAAGCUUUCUGGAGAGCUCCAAUUCUGCAACUCGCCAAAAAUAAGUCACGGCGAUAGCCUAUUCAUUUCGAUGCUCGGCUCGCAAGCUUGCAGGAUCUGACUGUCCUAAUAAGUAUGAUAGUGGGCGCUAGAAUCCUC